UAUAUUUUCUUUUUUUGCUCUUUCCGCUGGUGGGCGGAGAUUCUGCUGACUGGGGUGGUAGACUAGACUACACAGUAAGCUAGUAUUCCCUCCGGGAGUGGGAGGAAGUGCUGCAAGUAAGUUACUAGUCUACUGGAAGGCUGGGCGUUAGAGAUAGGUUCCAUGGGAUUGUUUGUUCUUUUCUUUCUUUCUUUCUUUCUUUCUUUCUUUCUUUCUUUCUUUCUUUCUUUCUUUCUUCUGGUUCUUCUGGUGGGGGGGUUUCUUUUCCCUAGAAAGCUGUGGUUCUGGGUAUGGGUUCGGUUCGGUUCUGGUUCUGGGUCUUGGUUCUGGGUUUGGAUUGUAUUGCAUCGGAUUGAUUUGCAUUGGUCGGGACUUCUCUCUUGUGGUUUACCUGUUGUUAACACCACGAGGAUGUUGAUGUCCACCACACACACACACACGCACCAUGUGGAUGUGGAUGUGGUUAAUUGGGAUUUGUGGGUUCGUAGAACGGGACUCGUGCAAGUGAUGUAUGAGUCAAGUGUCCACGGUGCUGGUCAUGCUUGCUGUUUGGGUCUAUCUCCAUGCCUCAGAGAUGCCGUGCAUUUGUACUGGUGGUAGGUCAGUGGCUUCGGACUUGUGCCGCUGUGCUCG